AUGUUUCUUUACUUGCUUGCUGGAGUUGCCUGUGAUGGACGUUGUCGUGCCGAUCGAGACGGUUUUGACCGAGUAGACGUCGUGGGUUCAUGAGAAUUCAUGGUUGCCAUCACAGACUCGUCUAGAGCCUUUCGCGCAGCUGCUAGUUCCGCUUCAGCUUGUUGCACCCGUUUGCGAUCAGCUACCACUUGAGCGUCUCGUCUGUUUGCGUCCUCAACCGCGUUAUUUCGUACAUCUUCAACCCGUCGAGCAAAAUCGCUCAAAGUAGCAAUUAUAGUAGGAAUUGUGUUUAUAGGGGUAUCUCGAGAAGCCCAGUCAUCUAUCUCAAUAAAUUGUCCCUUUGAAUCUAGACGAGCCUUGAUAAACUUGUUGUAAAUAGCAUCAAUAACAACAUCUUCCAACUCUCGUACAGAAUUCAAACGAAGGUACUGCAUCGCUUCCGCGUACGGAAUUUGCCUAUUGGAUGUACUGUUCGCAGCAAGGCUGAUCAGUGACAGUUGCCGUAGUUUUGAUAACGCAGCAGGAGGCAGGUUAACCUAA